AUGCCGGAAUCAAAUAAAAGGUAGGAACGGCAGUUUCCCUGUAGGGAACUACUACUACUGUUUGCUUCAACUUGCUGUUGAACAACUGACACAAUGUGAUGGUUGGAUAUCACAAAAUACUGUGUCUUUUAAUAAUGUUUGGCUGACAAUACUGUAUCACUUCUUCAAAACAGGCAUACACCGGGUGGUGCUCUCUGUUGCGUUCUUAGACUUACCUUCCUCAUGGAGGAGACUGUAGAGACCUAUUUCAAGCAGGCCAAUGAGCACCUUAACUUCAUCAGGGUCAGCCUGCAGAAGAACGAGGCUCUGGUGGGAUGCUGUACUGGUGACCUGCAGGCAGCACAGCUGGCCCAUCGCAAUGGGAACCAUGAGUUGUCUCCUGGAGGCAAACCCCAGGCUGAUAGGCUUGGCCUACCAGGAGAUGUUGAAGACUCUGAAGAUAAUGGCUCCCCCACCACUAUCAUUGACCUAUUGGAGACACACUGUCAGGCGUAAGUGUGUAAUCAAUCACCUCAACUAUAAGCAUUAGCCUUGAUUGCCUGAUAAAUAAAUUGUCUGAAUAAAUACAUGUUGUUAUUAGGCAGACAUUUUAUGCUUAUUGGGCAAUUCCACAGUAAUGGAAUUGCGCUUUGACUCAGAUGCCAAACAAUAUCAUUAUUUUCAUGGUGAGUGUAGUAUCUGAGGAAUUUAUGACUUUGCUAAUGGUUUCAAAUGGUUUUAGAGGAUGUUGACUAAGCUUAAAGGGAGCAUCUGGGGAGUAGUUCUAUAGGGGCACCCUAAAGCCGAGGAAGUCUGUUAGGUGGCCUCCUGGGAUUGGUCUGUAGGGAAAACACCCAUAUUAUGUUACAUAGGUCAUAGGAUAUAAAUACUUGGUUAAAACAAAGGAGGACAGAAUAAUCAUAUUUGAGAUUGGGCGGUUAUUCUCCAGAUAUUCUGCAGAUAUCUGUAAAUUGAAGCUGGAACCCUUUGAUAUAAAUAAACCUUUAUAAUCAAAGUACAGCGUCAGCGGAUUUCCUUGUUUUCACAGCAUAAUUAGCAACGUUUUCUCGACACCACAUGAGUUUUACUGGGGGAGGUUGGGUAAUGUAAUUAUGUGCAGGGAGCACAAAACACCACAUCCUUAAUAUUAGUCCUGUCCGAAUCUGCCAUAUCAGUAAUUUUUACAUGGCAGGAGAGUAACAAUUCCAGACAGAAUAACCUACAGUUUUUUGGCAAACUCCAACGUCCUCUGAUAAUACUAGUCCUGUACAUAGCAAUAUCUCUGUGUUUUGAGACAUUACAGAGUUUGACAGGUGAUGCGUGCAAUUUGUGCAAGAAAAAAAAUCAAAUACAAUUGUAUUCGUCACAUACGCUGAAUACAACAGGUGUAGACCUUACCGUGAAAUGCUUUCUUACAAGCCCUUAACCAACAAUGCAGUUCAAGAAAUAGAGUUAAGAAAAUAUUUGCUAAAUAAACGAAAGUCCUCCUGGGCGUCAUCGUCGUCCUGCGGCUAAAGCCGCGCAUCGGGGAGGGUACUGUCACAUCUACUCCCUCUCCGGCGCUCGAUGUCGCCGGUCUACUAAUCACCAGUCCUCAUUACGCACACCUGCGCCCCAUCAUGAGGCACACCUGGAGUCCAUCACUACCCUGAUUACUUCCCCUUUAUCUAGCACUCCUUUGUUAUCACCCACCAGGCAAUAUUGUUUAUGUUUCCAUGUUAGACACUUCCCUUGUUUUGUAUCGUUCCAUGUUCUUCGUAUUAAACUCACUAACUGCACUUGCUUCCUGACUCUCUGCGUCUACGUUAGAGACCAGCAAAAUGGAUAAAAGGGUGUGGUGGCAGUAGCAGGAACAGCGGCAUCUUUCACACACAUUUAUGGUAAAGAAUGUAAGUGACUUCAAUGGCUAAUUUUUCUGAACAGGGGGGAAAAAACAUCACCAGAUUCACAGGGAAUGCAUUACAAAGGUUGAAGUAGCAAUACUCCAAGCAGCACAUAGAGAACGGAUACUUUAUACUGGUUGUUUGGGUGGGAUUGGUGUGGAGUGUGGAUGGUCUGUUGGCGGCUAUUGAUAAUUUUAUUGGAUUCCUCAUGUCUUUCUCAUUGUUAGGAAGAGUGAUGGUCCAAAUCGGAUGUUAGGUACUAUAUUUAUUGAAGAUUAUAUGAAUCCUGUAAAUUAAAAUGGCCAAUUUGGGUGCAAUCAAUUAGCUUAAUUUCUCAGAUCAAAUUAUAUUUCAACAAAAUGUUUCAGGAUUGCUAAUCUUAUCUGUUGCUAACUACAGAAACUAUUUCAGAACAAUCUGAGAUGGUGGGUGUCAAAAUCCUCUUUCUUGUGGAGUAGGCAAUAUAUUGCAAAGCAGGGCAUCCACGAUUUCCCCACUGAGCAAUUUUUUUGGGGAAAUGGCAAGUUCACAUUCUCACCCAUAACACAUCUCAAGUGCAAGUGCGGGGUGCUGAUCAGCAGUUCACAUCAGCAGGAUUGGGGACAUUUUCAUUAGGAGGGAUGCCUACCAUGGAUCGCUAAAAUAAUGAUCAUGAUCACACUUCCUCAAUUUGUAUAUUAUGGGGACACCUAUAGCUACCUUUAGCAGCCAAGCACGAGUUGUAUGUGUAGCUUAUUAUUGUCUAGACAUGAUGUUGAAUAACUUUACGCCUAGAAUAGAAACCUCCAGGCUUCCGUCAAUUGAAUACUUUUUUUUUUUUUUACAGGGGUCUGUUUGGAAAAACUAAUCCUGUGCGAAUCAUCCUCUGGAAUAACGUACAUGCUGUGGUAAUAAUUACAUAACCAACGUCUCUAGUAAUACUAGUCCUGUCCGAAUAGGGUUUAUGUUUCACAAGUUUGUACAGAACAGUACAGCAUAGCACAUUAGAGUGCAGUAGAGUAGAUAUGUUCAGUACAUUAUACUGUACUCUAGUAUGCUGUACUGAACUCUACUGUACAGUGCUGUACUGUACUCGACUCUACUUUUCGUUACUUUACGGUACUGUUCUGUACUGUACUGUUCGCUACUGUGCUGUCCAAACCUUUUGAAACAUAGACGUUUAUGAUUGGUUCAGAUUUAGGCAGACUAAUCUAAUUUCAACUACUUUUCAAUGUCCAUGGACGUACAGUGUCGGUUGGUGCUCAGUGAGGAUGCUUGUUAAAGUAAAUGGAAAGAGGGUAGGUGGUAGGUAAGAGCCAGGAGACGUGACAUUAACUGGAGAGAGAGAGUGAGUGAGAGUGAGGGGGAUGGGUUGUCCAGACUGUUUUCACAGUCUUGCUUUGACCACCAGAGGACAGAAAGCGAAAGAAAACAGUUAUGAGCUGAACACAACAGUAUGCCAGUGGAAGGGAGGACAGUAGCAGGUGACCCAACUGUGGUUUGUGACUACUAUGAUUUCCCAUUGUAGCCAAUUUAAUUGCAUUUAUUCUGGAAAAUGGUAGAAAAUGUGUAUAUAUACCUUAACCCCCUAGAGUCGAUGUCCGUGCCCCUGUGGAAAUCUAAUUAGCAUAAUAAAAAAAAUCCCCAUAAAAAUCCCCAGUUUAAAGGACAUUUCCACCCUCAAACUAUCUUUUGAUAUUUGUUUCAACAGUCCAUUGUGAACAUAGUCCCAAAAUGUAUUGCUUGUCAGCAAUCAAGUUUUCAAGAUAUGUAACUUUAAAAAUACAGAAAUUAUCCCUGUAUGAUGCAUUUUGCAACAAUGGACUAAUGAAUCAAAUACCUAAAGAUAGUUUUUGGGUGGAGUUUUCCUUUAAGCUAGAGAUAUCCGUUUUUUUUGCAUUGGAUCCACUGCAUCCGCCGAUGUAGCACUUCUGCGGUGAAAGGUGACAGAGCUAGAGCAGAGUUUGUCAGACCAUGAGACAUCCUGAAAAUCGGUCUUCCCACAAAAUUGUCUGUAGAUUCCGAACGGUUGAGACUCUCAUGAUGGUAUUCUCCGUUUUGCUCUACGUCCCCCCACAAGCGAAUUGGGACUCUGACAACUUCUGUCUGUAGCGUCCGAACAGUUUGAGCUACACACUAAUAUGACUAGUCUUUGGAAAGGUGAGACUCUGUUUUGCUCUAAGACGCCCACAGGCCUCACAAGGCUCGUCUGAAGGUCCCCUGGUACCAGUUGAAAAAAAUAAUGGAAGUAUAUAUGGAUAUAUAUAUUAAGUGCCAAAAAUAAGGGGUUAAAUACAUGUAAAACAGAAUAACUGUUUCCUGAUAUUUCUUAUAUCUCUCAGAUAUAGGACAGACACUUCAGAACAAACUUCAUUUUGAUAUUUUUUUGCCACUAACGUUGUUCCAUGUAGUGAAUCUGUUAUUCAAUGCAUUUGUAUGGGCUAAUAGGAGUAAGGCCCAAAAUACAUUUUCAUUAAUAAUUUUUAUUUAUUUAUUUUAUACUUCAAGGGGUCUUAAAAUUCAAAAUCAAAUAGCUAAAUGAUCCUUGGUAUGACCUUCUUAAAACAAUUCCAUAUAGCUUAGUAGAACCCUCAUCCCCCCCCCCCCACCCCCCUCCCCCGGCUUAGACAGGGCUUAGUCUGUAGCGGGUUAAUAAAAAAAAUAUAUAUAGACUGCUAGCUUUCCCUUGAGGCUUUUCACUUGAGACAUGCUCCUAUGAACUUCACAUGUUGGUGCUCAUGGGUCCUUUUAGAUGGAAAUGCCCUAUUGAGAAACCAAAUAUUUUCAGCUUUCUCUGUCAGAAACAAACUAAGCACUCAGCAUGUCCAUUAACAGUUGUCAGAGUCCUCCAAGGAUUUGAAAAAGCGAGCCGUUGUCCUGUUGGAGCUGGCUGCAGAUUCCUAGCUGGUGACCGGCCGCCAGCCUAUCCCCAUCCUCACGGCCUCCAUCUUUCUGGCCUGGCAGUCCCUGAAGCCGACCCAGACCCAGCUCAAAUACAUGCUGGCCAGGUUCAGCAAGUCACUCCAGACAGUGAUCCAGAUGGUAGAUGGCAUCCUGAACCAUAGAUUCACCCUGCUGAGGAGGGCCCUGAGCAGCCACGAGGACACCCUGGCCUCUGAAUCUGAACUCCCGCCCCACACCAACACGCCCUGCCUGGAGGGGGCUGUUCCAUCCCAAACCUCAGGACAAACCCUUCAAGAACCCUUUGUGGGGGAACCAGAUGCAGAGAGCGCCCAGCAACAAGGAGAUGUUGACCUGACAUACAAUGUUGUAAUAGAGGGGUUGCCCCAGGCUGACACAGGCAAACACUCAGCACAGAACAGGGGCAAGAGGAGUUUGUUUGAACAGCCUUCUGUGAUGUACACUAAGAUAAGGAUGGUGCAGGUCCCAAUGGUGGAGGUGGCUGGUGAUGAGGAGAUCUCAGACAGUGAGUUUGAUAGUUACAUCCGUACUCCUCAGGAGAUCAGAGACUAUACUGAGGCUAAGGAGGCAUUGGCUUACUGUGAUGCAACAUCAACUUGUUACCUAGUUGUGACUAAAUAUAUAAUUUGCAUGAAUAUUGAAUAA